AUGACAUAUCUUCCAUUAUCUAUAGCAGAUCCCAUCAAGGGCGAAUUUCGCAUUGGAGCCACGUAUUAUCUGGCUGUUCAUCAUGUAAAGCAAACAUCCUACAUUGCUGUUCAUGGCAGAGACAACAAGAUUCUACUGCAGUCUUUACCAGAUCUACCUUUUAUUCAGUCUUCCUACGGCCAAGAUCAAAUUAUCGCUGGCGAUGGUGGUGUGUUCAAGAUUACAGAAAUAGUAGAUGGCCCUUCCAAUACAACCGUUGCUCAAACAGUCGACACGAUUGAAUCAAAUGAUACUGGCUUGCACCUCAACGGUAUUCUCAAGUUUGCUGAUGAUCGGUCCAUUGGCUAUUCGCUUCAUUUUCGCGAAUUGCCUCCAAAACAAUUGGACUUUAGUUUACAACUAGAUGUUGCUCAGGACAACAAGGACCACCAUCGUAUUAUCUUUAGCUUUGAAAGCAACGCAAAUGAGGAUUUCUAUGGCUUUGGGGAGCAAUUCUCUUACUCUACUUUGAAGGGACAAAAGGUGCCCAUCUUUGUUCGAGAACAAGGUAUUGGUCGUGGCCAGGAACCAGUAACAUCUAUCCUCAAUGAUCCUUCUGGUGUAUUUGGUGAUUUUGCAGGCGGUGAUAGCUUUACAACCUACUGCUCCGUGCCUCAAUUUCUGUCCACAGACAAUCGAAGCCUUGUUAUAAAGAACUCAGAGUAUUCUAGUUUUGAUCUUCGACAACAUGAUCGAGUUAGUGUUCGCCUCAAUGCCACUUUGCUGGAAGGCCGUUUGUUUCAAGGCGAUAACUUACUUGAUCUGGUCUCUGAGUACACUUUAUAUUCGGGUCGUAUGCAUUGCCUUCCAGAUUGGAUCUCUGGUGGAGCUGUUGUAGGUAUACAGGGUGGAACUGAAAAGGUGCGCAAGGUCAUCAAGCAGCUACAGCAUUACAAGACGCCCAUUGCAGCUGUCUGGCUUCAAGAUUGGUGUGGAAAGCGAUUGCAAAAGACGCCCAAUGGUGUCGAGUUUAAGCGUCUGUGGUGGAACUGGGAAAGCGAUGAUACAUUGUAUCCAGACUGGGCUACAUUUGUUAAUGAUGAGUUGAAAUCUCAGAAUAUUCGCGUGCUAUCUUAUGUCAAUACCUUUCUUGCCAAUGUAGAAAAAAAGCAAUCUUACCGCAACAACUACUUUUUGGAGGCUGAAGCGCGUGGCUAUCUUGUAAGAAACCCUUCCAGCAAGACAGAGCAUCAGACAUUGAUCAUCAGCAGUGGCACUGAUUUUGAGGCAGGCAUUCUUGAUCUUACGAAUCCGGACGCUGUUGUCUGGUUCAAGUCGAUUAUAAAGCAGCACAUUUACGAUGCUGGUGUGUCUGGUAUGAUGACAGAUUUUGGUGAGUAUCUUCCCUAUCACUCGGACAAGGUGUCUCUUUACUCUGGCAUCUCCUCUGAAGUGUAUCAUAAUCGGUACCCACAAGAAUGGGCAAAACUGCACAGUGAAUUAGUUCGUGAUAUCGGCUUGGAGAAUGAAGCGGUGUGCUUUUAUCGCGCUGGUUACACUUGCACACCUGGCUAUGUCAACCUGAUGUGGGCAGGCGAUCAAAAUGUUGCUUGGGAUGAGCAUGAUGGCAUCAAAAGUGCUGUUACUGGUAUGCUAUCUGGUGGGUUCUCGGGUUUCUCUAUCACACACAGUGACAUUGGAGGCUAUACUACCAUCUCUGCUGCUCCACUGCUGAAACUGGUUCGAUCCAAGGAGCUUCUGUUCCGCUGGAUGGAGCUGUCUGCAUUCACAGCUGUUUUUAGGACGCACGAAGGCAUUAUCCCAGAGCUCAAUGCACAGUUUUACGACGAUGAAGAGUCCCUGGCUUAUUUUGCAUUCUGUGCCAAAUUGUAUGCCUCCUUGUCGCCCUACAGAAAACAGUUGAUCCAAGAAGCGCAUACCAAAGGCUGGCCAUUGAUGCGGCACCUCGUCUUUUACUACCCGCAUGACCCCGUUGUACGUCAAAUUACCUACAGUCAAUAUUUGCUAGGUGAUAGUCUCUUGGUAGCACCCAUGCUUGCUCCUUCAGUAUCCCAUGUCAAGGUAUAUCUCCCCAAAGAGGAAGGUGUUACAUGGCGCCAUGUAUGGUCAAACCAAUCGUUUACACCCACUGGACAGGACAUCCAUGUUGCAUCCCCAUUUCAAAGACCAGCAGUCUUUAUCAAGGAGCCUCGCCAAGAUGGAGGCCUGCUGGACGAAUUUAUAGCAUUUACCACAUAUCAAAGCAGCGUAUAA